AUGGACAUCGGCACCGGCGCCAGUUGUAUCUAUCCCUUGUUAGGAUGUGCUCAGCGGCCAUGGUCCUUCAUUGCAACAGGCACGUCCGAAUCCUUAUUAUCUAUGCCAUACCUGGACCUUGCUCAUGCUUUAGCAGACAUUGACCCUGAAAGUCUAAAAUGUGCAAAGAGGAAUGUCGAAAUUAAUGACCUAUCAAGUCGCGUCAAUGUAGUUGCCCGCUCUACAGGCAGCUCACUUAUCCCGCUGGACGAACUGGCACUAGAUUCCAUCGAUUUCACCAUGACCAACCCCCCCUUCUACAGGUCAGAAGAGGAAUUGCUCAGCAGCGCGAAAAGGAAACAGAGACCGCCGUACACUGCAUGCACGGGCAGCAAAGCCGAAAUGGUCACACCCGGCGGAGAGUUGGCCUUUGUCGUUUGCAUUCUCAAAGAAUCCUGUGUUCUGCGGGCACGAAUACAGUGGUACUCGGCUAUGUUUGGGUUUCUCUCCAACCUUGUAGAUUUUAUCGAGCAGCUGCGGUCAUCCGGGAUUGAAAACUAUGCAGUCACAGAGUUCGUGCAAGGGAACAAAACCCGGAGAUGGGCUAUUGCAUGGUCUUUUCAGCCAAUGCGUCCAGCGCAGCAUGUCGCGCGGGGCACGAGAUCUGCGCUAUCGAAGAACAUUCUUCCUUGUGUGACGGAGGCGGAAGUGAUGUCAGUUGAGAUACCUGAGAGCAUUGGGGAGUUUGCCUCCAAAAUCACUGCCGCUAUUGAGUCCCUGGACUUGAUAUCUUGGGACUGGGACACACAAGCAUAUGAAGGAACUGGCCGCGCGGUCGAUAAAGUAUGGGCGAGGCCAUGGCGCAGACGGAAGAAGAGAGAACAGCAAACCCCCGACGAGAGGACAGAGAGUUCGAUUUCGAAAAGCGACCCAAGGUGUAUUUUUGGCUUCAAGGUGUGGAUUCGUGUAUCAAUGAAAGAGGUAUUGGUGGGAUGUCGCUGGACGGAAGGGUUUGACGCGAAAGCGUUUGAGAGUUUUCAGGGUUUUCUACAGUCGACGGCCGCAGCCGCCGCAAAUGUAAAAUAA